UCAUCAUCAUCAUCAGAGUCCCGCCGGUCCUGCCAUACGUACAACCUUUUUAGCAAAAAUGGUUGCCACCACGAAGCGAAAACGUCUCGGCGUAAGUAAAAACCGCAAGAAGACAUGGGUGAAACACUCCGACAUCAAAGACAUCGAAGGUUUCCUCGAGGACCAACGCUUGGACGAGCGUCUGGGCGGCGCGGUCUCCACAAAGCCCGACGAGGAGCUGUUCUACGUGGACAAGUCUCCGGCUGCGCCCAAACCAAAACGUGCUGUCCAGUCAAAGCGAGAGAGGCGCAAUCGUAAGCUCACGUGUUACCUGAACCUCGAGCCGAGCUCCAAAGUUGCUCCGCCGACCAAGCCGCGAAGAGUCCGCGACCCCGAAGAACGAAAACCGGCGGCUGUGCGGCGCGUCCAACAGCAGCGUCUGGCCAAGCGCCACGAACAGGCUGUCACACAGCGCCUCCGGAGUGUCGCGCGGAAGGCCAAGCAAGCCAAUGGUCACUCUGAUUUCACGGGGCUCAGAGACAUCUGGGCCGAUGAAGAGAAGAAGGCGGACUCUGGCCUCGAUCCCGAGCUCGAGACCUACAUCGCCGAGUACACGAAGGAGCGGCGGCCGAACAUCCCGGCGCACCGCUACCAAAAGCCCUCCCUGCUUCCAGCGGUCCAGCCUCCCCACCCUGGAGCGUCGUACAACCCGGCCCCCGAUGCCCAUCAGGAACUGCUUCACGAAGCUUUCUUGAUCGAACAGAAGCGGUUGAAAGAGGAGCAGCACAUCGAUCGGGUUCUGACGAAGAUGCUUCCGACGCGGGAGACUAUGCCCACCGAAGAAGACAUGAUCGCCGAGAUGUCGCAGGGGCUCUACGACGACCCAUCCUCCGACGAAGCGGAGGGCGACGAAGGUGCAGGUGACGAUGGAGCUCGGAGCGGUCAGGCGAACCCGCCGGUGCGCGCGGAAGACCGCAAAACGAAGCAGAAGCGUCGACGCGAGCUGGAACAAAAGCGCAUUCAGAGCGCGGCCAAGGUGCGUAAAACUGAGCGCGUUCUCGCCAACCAGGUCUACCGGAUCCCGACUAUUAAGGCGGAGCUCAGGCGUGAGGCCGAGAUUUCGGAGGAACGCCAGAAGCGUCGGCAGGAGCGCGAGGAUGACAAGCUGUACCAGGCGAACCGACUGAGCAAGUUCAAGUUCGAAGAACCGGACAUGGAGCUCAAGCUGCCCGAGGAACUGACCGAAUCGCUGCGGCAGCUGAAGCCCGAGUGCAACGUGCUCGAGGACCGGUACAAGAGUCUGCAGAAGCGCAACGUCAUUGAGACACGUAAGCGGCAGAAGAAAGUGCGCAAGUACAAGCCGAAGAAGGCGCUUAAGCGGGAACACCGACUCUUCAAGGAGGCCGAAGAGAAGAAGUGGAGAGAGGGGAUCCAAUAAAGGCUUUUGGGACUGCUGGCACACGAGCGAAUGCCCAUUCAACCACUUCCCCUUUUGCUGAAGUCAACUUUGGUGAUGGUAUGUCCGCAUCACAAAGCUCGAGAUGCAAAUUUUUGCCCAGCAAAGCACUUUAUGAGGUAGGGUAAUAGUUGAGUAAAUAAAGGCAAGCACAUAGAACGCAGACAAAGGUGAACGAACCACAGUGGUGACUUGCAACAGAUCUUUAUGUAAAAAUGAACCUUC